UAUUAAAAGUGGAAUUUUAAAAAAUCAAAAAAUUAAAAACUGAAAAAUUGAGAAAGAAACAUUGAAUAACCGAAUAAUUUAAAAAUUGAGAAAUCGAAGAACUGCAAAAAUAAAGAAACUCAAAAUCGAAUAAUUAAGAGGUCACCAAUCGAAAAAGGAAAACCUGUAACCUUAAACAUGAAAAAACUGAAAAUUUAAAAAACAGAAAAACCGAACAAUUGCAAAAUUGAAGGUCAAAAAUAGAAAAAACGAAACUUGAAACACUCCGAGAAAUUUAAAAAUUGUAAUCUUAAAACUUGAGAAACUGAAAACUUUGGUAAUUGAAAAAACAGCUGAAAAUUUGAAAAAUUGAAAAAAAAGAAACUGUAAAAUCGAAAAACUGAUUAAUUAAAAAUCGAGAAAUAGAAAAAUACGGAAAACAAAAUUUUCUAGAAAUAAAAAAAUCGAUAAAUUGUAAAAUUAAAAAAUCGAAAACUGAAAAAUUGAAAAAAGUGAAACAUUGAACAAUAAAAAAAAUGAAAUACCGAAAUGUUGAAAAAAUAGCGGAAGUAAAAAAUCGGAUAACAAAGAAAUCACCGAUUGAAAAAUAAAAAAAUAUCUUAAAAUGGAAAAAUCGAAAAAACGAGAAACUGACAAAUCUAAAAAUUAUAACAUUGAAACCUGAAAAAAUUGACGAAAUAAAAAUCGAGAAACUGAAAAAUCGAUAACAAAAAAUUAAAAAAUGCAAGAACUCCGAAGAGAAAUCCUAAAAUCGAAAAGCUAAGAAUCUAAAAAACUUUAAAAAUCGAUGCGAAUUAAAAAAAAAAGCUCAGACCACACAGAUGAAAGCAAUAAUUAAUAUUCGACUUUGGGCUGUCCCUACUGUAUGAUAUACUGUGACCAUACACCAUAGUAUGAUAUACUGUGGUUCUGUUUUACGUGGGAAUGUGGAAUGUCAAAGGUUGGCUGAAGUUGGCAACGCUGAUAGAUUCGAAAAAUACAAACAAAUGCGUUAUGGCAGGUUAUGGUUUCUGUUUUCCGGUUUUUAACUUUUCUGUGUCUGUACUCGGUGUGUUGUGUGUUCUUUGUUUUAACCACAAGAAAUAGAAACGUUACUAUUUUACAAGGAGGUGAGAGGUUAGAAGUACCAAUUGUAUUCACGUAUUCUCAAGACUUUUUGCGCUUUAACACAUGUACGGUGAUUCGUAUCUACAACCCUUUGAAUAUCUGUGGCGAUUUUUUUCCUUCGACUUUUUCGCAUUCUUUGUCGAUAUGGCUUGUGCUCAGCCGUCCACCUCGACAACCGUCCCUGCAAAUGAAGACUCGGAAUUGGACGAAGUUUGUACCUACAAUAACUGUUCAGGUUGUUCAAUGACCAUGCGAUCCUUUUAUCGUUUUUAUAACGACGAAGAAGCGUUGCUUCGGUUCUUCUACAGUCAUGGUGUGCUCCCGUGUCAUUAUAAAUGCCCCACGUGUGAAACACGGCUCGUCAAAAAAUCCCAAGGUUUAUUCCGUUGCCGCCGGCGAAUCAAGAAGAGAACCAAGAGGACUUGCGAUACUUCAGUUUCCAUCUAUCAUUCGUCCUUCCUUGCCUGCACCCACCUGAAGUCCAUCCAGGUUGCCGAAAUCGUCUGGCUGUACAUUACAAGACGACCACCUCGUCACACUUUCAUGCACCUAGAAACGGGAUUGUCGACGAAGACGUUGGUUGACUGGGUCUCGUUCAUAAGGGAAGUUUUGAUUGUGUGGGCCGUUAACAACUCUCAAGAAGUCGGAGGAGAAGGUGUCGUUAUUGAAAUCGAGGAGGCGACGAUUGGAAAGCGGAACGACAAUAGAGAAUGCUUCCUCGAAGGCCAGUGGGUCAUUGGAGGGAUUGAAUGGGGAACAAAGAAAUUCUUUCUAAUGACAGUUGAGGGUCGUGAUACUGAUACCCUUGUUUCGGCUAUUAUGGACAAAAUAAAACCAGGGACCACUAUUUUCAGUGACUGUUGGAAUGAUUAUUUUGAAGAUGAAGACUUUCAGAAUCUCGUGGUUAAUUAUCCGCUUCGUUUUAUGGAUCCAGGCAGUUCGACUCCGCCACAGAAAAGUGGGAGAAUGUGGGAUGAAGUCAAGCAACAUGUGCCAAAUUAUGGUCGCAAAAAUGAGCACUAUGAUGGUUACUUGUCAGAGUGUCUUUUUAUGAUGAAACAUGAAGACCAUCGACAACGUUUCCAUGAGUUUUGGAAAGCGGUGGCACAACUACAUCCUGGUUUGCCACAUGCUUAAAAAGCAUUGUUCAGACAAGUAAUUCAAAAUUCAAUGAGUCAUGGAGUGAGGAAAUCCACGUUGAUGAGUAUGUUUGAUUCAAACGCGUAGCACCCUACUAUUCCAAGGACGUGCCACAACCAUGGAUUUCCAUGGACAAACAACUUAUUACAUUUUACAAUGUCUCCUGCAGUAAACAGGUAAGUCAAAAGGAUUGCCUUUAAUUGCCCAACUAAUAUAUUUUUUGUAUUUAUUUACUUUUUUUUUAGUACAGAUACUUCAAACCCGAGAUUCGCGUGGAACUUGUUUUAUGCAAAACACUCAAUUAGAGAUUUCUAAAAUUCUUUGUUUCAUGAACCAAGUUAUUCUACAUUUAGAAGUAUGUGUGAGAAUUUUCUAGAACUGUGACAUGCAUGAGAUUGCAUAAAAAGAAAAAGUUACUUUCAACCAGUCAAGUGAAUCCAGUGUCUUAAAUAAAUUCUAAAAUUGA